AUGGGGAUCCUCACAGACUCACAGAACAAGAGAAGCCCCUCUUCUUCUUCAACAUCACCCUGUGCUAAUCUCAGAGCUGCUUACCACAAUUGUUUCAGCAGGUGGUAUUCAGAGAAGUUUGUAAAGGGUCAAUGGGACAAAGAAGAAUGCGUUUCAGAAUGGCAGAAAUACAAAGCUUGCCUCUCUCAACAUUUGGAAGAUAAACAGUUGAGUCGCUUCUUGGAGGCUGAAGGGCCUGUGAGCUCCACCAUUGAAGUUUCUUCCUCCAGAACAACCAAAACCGAUGGCGCUCCUCCUGGUUCUUCUCAGUAG